AUGAGUCUGUGCACCUUCCCAGGCCUAGUAGUGCUCCUCGCAGCGUCUGCCUCCGGCUUGCGAGCAUUUUCAAACGCGCCUAAUAGUGUCACAAGUACUCUCGGAGUUAUUAAUCCUUCAAUGAGUGGUAUUUCGUACUUGAGCACAGCCGAUGCGAGUAUUACAGGCAAACCCUGGGAAACCACCUGGGCAACAACGGAUUCCUAUUUCUUCGAUGCUCAGACCAGCGCUGUCAAGGGGUUUUCUGGAACAUUCACCUUCUCAGUGAAUGGAGCCACUCCAUCUACAAUUACUAGCAUGGCUGUGGACACGCAGUGGAUGGGCUCUGCUGGCAAUUGGAAUAUUUGGCAGUUUGCUUUGAAGAACUACCGUACAGGACAGCACGAUCUCAUACUGACCAACGCAGCGGCCGGUGAUUGGGCCUGGACUGACUUGUCAGGUAACUUGACAUUCCCCGAGCCAACUGCUGACUACAUGAAUGCAGCAAACCAAGUCGAGCUUCGAUAUUUCUCCGAUGGUCCAAUCAAUACUUGGGACGAUUCCUUUAUGUCAUACCUGUCUCUGCGAGUGCAUGAGGACGAGCCACGUGGAUCUAACACGCCACCACCGACUUCAACUGCAUCGCCCAGCAGCCCAGCAAUCGCCAGCGCUUCACCAAUCAAUGCUGCUGUGACUAGCGUUUCUCCGAGUUACACCGCUGCAAUCAAUGCCAGCCCCAGUAGUGCCGCUGUCAACAGUACAUCUCCUAGCGCUGCCGCCCCAUCCACAUCCGCAUCACCGCUAGCAAACGAUGUACCAAUGACACACACCAUAUACCCCAUUUCACUCAACCACACUGUGGGCCAGGUUGUGAUGCCUUUCCUAGGAAUCGGCACCCUGCAAACAGCCGUAGGCGUCCUGGGACAAACACAGGAAGCAAAUGAACUAUUCUACGAUGAUGCAGUAUUUUUGUCGUCCACUGGUACUCCCCUCGGCUUCGAUGGCGUUUUCACGUUUCAGGACGCUUCGAUCAAUCCUGACAAAGUAACAUCUAUCACCGCAAGGAUUCUAUGGAAUGGUCCCGAUGCUUGGAAUGUAUGGGAGUGUGUGCUCAAGAAGCCAUCUGGAACUGAGGUUCCAUUGGUAAACAAUCUCCUCGCGGGCGAUUAUCUAUGGAGCGUUCUGACCGGAACUGUACCCGUAGCCGAUAGUUCAUUUGUCAGCGCCACAGGUGUACUCCAAGUUAGAUGCUUCACGAACGGACCGGAGGGUAGAUACGACAACGCAUUCAUUGACAAGUUCGAGCUGAUCAUCGAAGAGCAUGCAUCUUCUUCUUCAGCCUCCCCAUCACCAUCCGGUGCUGCUGUAGCUAGUUCCUCUCCCAGUACGGCCGUAGUAGUCAGUGCCACACCUAGCAGUGCUGUAAUUAGCAGUGCCUCUCCGUCUGCUGGAGCCGUAGUCAGUGCUUCGCCAAGUAGUGUUGCUAUCAACAGUGCAUCUCCCAGUGCUGCCGCCCCAUCCACAUCCGCAUCACCGCUAGCAAACGAUGUACCAAUAACACACACCAUAUACCCCAUUUCACUCAACCACACUGUGGGCCAGGUUGUGAUGCCUUUCCUAGGAAUCGGCACCCUGCAAACAGCCGUAGGCGUCCUGGGACAAACACAGGAAGCAAAUGAACUAUUCUACGAUGAUGCAGUAUUUUUGUCGUCCACUGGUACUCCCCUCGGCUUCGAUGGCGUUUUCACGUUUCACGACACUUCGAUCAAUCCUGACAAAGUAACAUCUAUUACCGCAAAGAUUCUAUGGAAUGGUCCUGAUGCCUGGAACGUAUGGGAGUGUGUGCUCAAGAAGCCAUCUGGAGCUGAGGUUCCAUUGGUAAACAAUCUGCUUGCGGGCGACUAUCUGUGGAGUGAAUUGACUGGAACAGUGCCCGUGUCUGACAACUCGUUUGUAAGCACUACGGGUCAAGUCCAAAUAAGAUGCUUUACUGAAGGACCAGCGGGUACGUUUGACAGCGCUUUUAUCGAUAAGUUCGAGCUUGUUGUUAAAGAGAUCAAACUUGCACCCUCGGCGUCUCCUGCACCCACUCCGUUGCCGUCACUAGUACCAGGUGUUCCAGGAUUGUUUGUAGCCACCAAGGCAUUCCCCAAGUCCUUGACUACAACCAAGGGCGAAGUUGUGGUGCCCGUUGGAGGGAUCAGCACGCUACAAGUAGCUGACGCGGUGAUUGGCGCAAGCCAGGGUACAGAACAAGUCUAUCUAUUCAAAUCAAAUGGUACGGUGGUGAAGGGAUAUAGUGGCGUAUAUAAAUUCGACUUUCCUGAGGUUCGAGAAAACGUCACAAGUAUCUCAUUGAGUACCACAUUCAUGGGACCUGAGGGAGGAUGGAACAGAUGGCAGUUCAAGAUGGUCAACUUUGCGGCAAACAGAGAGAAGACCCUGGCGACGAACAUAGGGACAACCGACUGGAAAUGGUCUACCUUGAAAGGCAACAUCUCUUUUACCUACCCCGAGAGUGGCUACAUAAACGAGAUGCGUGAGAUGCACGUCAGAUACUUCACUGAUGGCCCGGUAGGCACCUUUGACAACUCGCUUCUCAACAGUUUGGAACUCACAGUGCACGAAAACGAACCCAGAGCCCCAAGACCCAGCGCACUCCCCAAGCCAACGCUUAGUGCCCCUGCACUCCCUGCCCGUUCCGCACUAGCAUGGACUGUCGGUGCACGAGCAUGUGGUAUGAGUCUCAACGUGACGGUGGAUAACGCCGCAACUCUAGCGUCCAAGAUUGGUCAGCACAAGACUGAAGGGUGCUCCGUGAUCGAGUUCGAUUCUGGCUUGUCGAUCAUGCACACCGACCAGAUGUUUGCGGAUCAAGUGACGUUCCUGGCGAUGGCUUCCGGCAUGGCCAAGGCCGAGGGGUUGCGAUCGGUGUUGUAUAUCCCUUCGUUGGAGGUCAAUAUUCCCGGCGGAUGUAUCCAGGCAACGGGCGCGCCCACCGAGCUGAGCAUGACCAACGAUCCCCAGAAGUCCAAUUGGCUUCAGACCAACCUGGCCGGGAUCAAGAAUGUCUUCUGCGGCGAGCUCGAAGUCUGGGUGGCUGCAGGUAUGGAGAGUGCGUGGUUCGACCCCAACAAUGAGGAGUUCAAAGCUUGGUUUUUGAACAGAAUCCGUACUCUGGCCCUCUCGACUGAGCUCGACGGAUAUUGGGCAGAUGUGCCUAUAUACAGUGACACGGUCGGCUCCUGGUUUGGUGCCGGGCCUGAUAGCGACCGUCUGUUCUCGAUGUGGUCCAAAGUCCAGGGAUACAACUCAGGACUAGGCUACAGUGCAUGCCCCACCGUUGCGGACUCAAUCUCCAGAAACUUGCAUUUCCGAGCUUGGUUAAAGUGGAGGCACGAGACACUCGCGGAUUGGCAGGAAAACAUUAGGAUAGCGGCAGAGCAAGCACGACCCACCUUUGAGGUGAUUGCAGAGGUAUAUCCGAUGGACUAUCUCGACCCACUAUGGACUGGCCUGGAUACAGAUAGGCGAAGCCCGAAUCUCCUGCGCGUGUGGGAGGUGGACUCUGUAUCCAACGACCAAGGAAUGGAGUACAGCACUAUGGAGGACUUCCGAGUCAAGAUUGCGAUGAACAAGUACGCACGUGCCGCAGACGGUGACACACCAUCGUGGGUGUUCGCGUACGGCAACAAGGAUCUCGAUGCAGGCUUGGUCAUGGGUGCUGCUGUGGCCAGCGGGUGCGGUGUGUUUGAGUGCAAGACACCAUCCAUGGUAACAAGUGUGGGGAGCGAGUUUAGGCGGCGCUGGUUGACCUGGAUUGAGUCUAUGGAUUCUAUGCUGUUCACCGAGCACCGCAAGGCUGAUGUAGGGGUGCUGCACUCGGCCGCAACUAGAAACCACUACGACUACCCGAACGGAGGGGCGUAUGGUAUGUACCUGGAGACCACCAAGUCACCGGCGGCAGAUGCUUCCUGGUGGGCUGUGGGCGGCCUUCAAUCAUCAGCACUCAAGAUGAAACACAUCGGGGCGUACAAGGGAAUGAUGGGAGUACUCACACAGCUACAGGUGCCGCACAAAGUAGUCCUUGAUCACACUAGUGGCUUGCAGUCAAUGGCUGGUUUAAAAGUCAUCAUCUUACCAUCGGUUGUGGCCAUUUCUGAUGCAACUGCUCAGAACAUCAAAGACUUUGUUGCAGCCGGUGGAGCUGUGCUUGCCACUGGGCCUAUGCCCGGUACUGUGGAUGCAGAUGGCUCCCCCCGCACCCAGUCUAUCCUAGCCGAUAUGUUCGGUUUCGCACCCAACACAGUGGUUAGAACCACUUCGCUUGUGAAUACGUACGGACAAGGAGUUGCCGUAUACCGUCCCGAGAUAAAUGCGCGAACACUGUUCAGUGGCGAAGCAAAUGCCGUGCCUGAGGGCCCUGCCUCACCCGCUAUCCGUGCCAAGACUGUGGACGCAAUUAAACUCUUCGUGCGUUCCCAUGUACCCGAAAAUGUGAUUGUUCAACGUCUGAUGCCGGAUGGGAAGACUGAGGCCACCACCAAGGUGUAUCUGGAGGUUGGAGAGGUGAGCACAGACACCACUACACAGUCUCUGCACCUCAUGAACCUGGAUGGACUCAGGGUGCCCGUUGUGGCAUCCUCCAUGACUGUGCGGGUGUUCUACCGUGCCCCAGCCGGUACUAAACUCACUGGCACAGUUGGCGUACACAGCCCAGACGAGUCACAGUGGGUGGGUGGUGUGGUGGCCAACCGUCUCAACCAACCGGGCACUGCAGCCGAAGAGCGUGCCGAGGCUCUGCUAGGUCUGUGGUACUACUUUGACAUGACGGUGGAUCAGUUCUCACUAUUGGUCAUGCACCUCGAGUCUUACGCGUUGCCAGCCCUCCCAUCACCGCCCACACCGCUGCCUACUGGGCCUUGGCGUGAUGCGAUGACUGAGGGGUUCACGUUCAUUAAGGACAAGAUGCGGAACAACGCCAUUUCUGCACCUUUCAAGUACGGAGUUUACACAAACUAUGUUGACAUUCUGCCAUCACAGGAGGAUAUUGUAUACGCAAACGGUCACCAUACCACAGGCGAACACAUGGGUAUCUUCUUGAGAGCAGCAGCGUGCUUGAAUGAUGUUGUGGCCCAUGCUGAGGGCACUCGGUACGUCCGCGAAGUCAUGACGUCAAAGUUGUUGGGUGUUAUCAACUGGGCGGUCGAUAAGGACACACGUUUGUCAUACAUCCAAGAUGACUUUAACGGCGGCUUUGCCAAUGCUAACGCACCUCUGGAUGAUUUGCGUGCUAUCCGCGGGUUGAUUGAAGGCGCUGGUUCCAUCGCAACGGAUGCUAUCGAUAAGAUCACCGCUGCACAGACGGCUCUGGCUGGUUUGUACUGGACGUCAGUCAGUGACGUGAUGGCUUACGAUGCGAGUGACGAGGAGGAAGACACGCGAGCGAGAGUCCUGCCCAACUACUCGGGCGGUGUCAUGGGAUACUCAUACGAUUGGUCUGAGACUGAGCUGAACCCCACGGGCGACGGUAAAUUGGGCGUUGAGCUUAUCCCCAUUGACUACUCGUACCUGAAGGCCAUGUCUUUAGCGGCACGGCUGAACCCCCGAUGGCUACCUACCCUCGAGGCAUCGACUCGUAUGCUUCUUGAUAGCGAGAUUGGUAACUCUGGGUUGUUCUACAAUGGACUAACUACCAUGGGAUCGUUCGCGUACACCGGGGAUUUUGAGUACCGGAACUUGACCGAGACCAACCGAGGCCGUCACUUGAAAACCAUUCAGACUCUCUGGAUUGCUUUGCACUUGGCCGAGAUCGGCACCGCUGCAGGUGGCGGGCUGUCACCAGAUUUGGCAACACUCGCCAGAGAAGCGGCAAUCCGAUCAUUCAACAACUACAAUUCAUUCUAUACUGCCAACGGAAAGCGUAUACCCGAGUACAUGACAAUGGCUGGCGGAGAUGUCUUAUCGAGUGAUCCCUAUCCUUUGCAGGCAAACGAGAACCUGGUCAAUGGCGAGGCGAGAAUCUAUUCGCAAUUUGCCAACUUGGCUUACAUUCUAGGCGACACAGUCACCGCGAACGCAGUCAUGACCGAUAAGGUCGUACCAGACCGAGUGAUCUCACCCACCAGCCCAGUACGUGGCUGUAUUGGGUCAUCUGCGUCUGCUAAUGACUGUGAGGCGUUUAACACAUUAGAGGCCGUAAACAGACUGUGUCACAUAGCGCAAGGAUAG